AUGGCAAUGGUUUUAACCGCCUUCAUAACAAAGUUCCUCACAGUGCUAAGUUCCUACGCAGAGGAAGAGUCAGUCAUGCUGUUGGGAGUACCAGAAGAUAUUAACAAGCUCCAAAGAAGGCUCACAAGGCUAGAGAACGUUCUCAAUGAUGCUGAGGACCGGGAAAUCACAGAAAGAGCUAUCAAGCAUUGGCUCAAGGAGCUUAGAGACUUCAUGUACGACGCCGAAGACAUCAUCGAAGAAUAUCUUCUUCGAACCAAGGCAAGGGCUAAUAACACUUCUUCAUCUUCAUUGUGCUGGUCACCAAUUUCAUGCAUUCCCGUUUCUCUGUUUCGCCAUGAGAUUGGCCUUAGAAUCAAGAACCUCAACAUUAGAUUAGAUGAGAUAUUAAAAGACAAAGAAAUUUUUUCAUUUUCAACCAUAGUCAUCAAUCAACAUAACGUGAGUAGGGGAGUUACAAGUAGAAGGACAUCAUCUUUAGUGGAACAAGAUCUUGUCGGCAUGAAGAUUGAAGAAGACACAAAAUGCUUGGUAGAACUUCUCAUGAAGGAUGAUCAGCGUGCUGAGGAGAAUAUAGAAGUUUUUGCUAUCACUGGCAUGGCUGGCAUAGGGAAAAGCACUCUAGCUCGAAAGAUCUUCAACAAUGAAAUUUUGGUUUCUCACUUCUAUCCAAUGCCAACUGGUUGGGUGAGUGUUUGCCAAGAUUUCUCCGAGAUCGAUAUUCUACGCACUUGUGUAAGAGUUUUCGGAGGUAAUCCCGGUGAACUAACGGCGAGCAAACAAGACCUAGAGGAUAAGCUCUGUGAAUUGGUGGAAAACAAGAGGUUUUUUCUUGUUUUGGAUGAUGUUUGGGAUGCUAAAGUGUGGAAGGAGCUGUUGAAUGAGCCAUUGCGGAGUUGUGCGAAAGGGAGCAGAGUCUUAGUGACGACAAGAGAUGAAGCUGUGGCGAAGGGAAUGCAGGCGGUGCACCAGCAUCAAGUUGAGAAGCUCCGUGAUGUGGAUGGAUGGGCAUUGUUAUCCAAGAGCUUUGUUUUGGAAGAUGAUGAACAAGAUUUGAAGAGACUCAAAGACAUUGGAAUGGAGAUUGUGAAGAAAUGUGAUGGUUUGCCACUUGCAAUCAAGGCCAUUGCCGGUGUUUUGAUUGCAAAGGAAAGAAAUCGGGAGACAUGGAACCAUGUUCUUCAAGAUUCAGCAUGGAAAUUAACUGGGAUUCUGCCUGAUGGAGUUAUGGGAUCAUUGUAUCUGAGCUACAAGAACUUGAAAAGCCCUUUAAAACAAUGUUUUAUGUACUUGUCUCUGUUUCCAAAAUCCAACCUCUAUCAGGGAGUUCUUGCACGUCUUUGGAUUGCCGAAGGAUUCAUAGACGAGACUCAAAGUUCGUUAUCACCGUAUGAAUUGGCAAUUCAGUACUGGGAAGAGUUGAUUGAGAGAAACAUAUUGCAGCCAAACCCCGCUUAUUAUAACAACGAAGGGUGCAUACUGCAUGAUCUAUUUCAAUCUUUAGCUCAGCAUCUAGCUAAAGAUGAAUGUUUCUAUGGCAAUGUGCAGAGUUUCAGUGAAACAGUUUCUACUGGCCCCAGCAGCAGCAAGUCUUUCGUUAAUCCUCGACGCUUAUAUAUUGUAGACCGAGAAGCAAAAUCAAUCCCAGAGAGCUUAAAGGAGUUGAAAUCCUUGAGAUCUCUGCUUGUUCAAAUGCCAAGCAUUUCUAUUUUCCCUAGAGAUGUUUUCAAAAAGCUCAAGAGUUUAAGGAUCAUAGAUUUCAGUGGAUCAUCAAUUGAGAAGCUACCUGAAUCUAUAGGAAGCCUCAUACUCUUGAGAUACUUGGAACUCUCUCAAUCCCAUAUAAAAGAGAUUCCUGAAAGCAUUGGGAAUCUUAUCAACCUUCAUUCCUUGAUUUUACUGAAAUGCAAGAAUUUGAAGAGACUUCCGAAUGGUGUAACAUCACUGAAGAGUUUGCAAAACCUAAAUUUGGAUGGAACUCCAAUUGAGGCAAUGCCGAAAGGAAUUGAGAGGCUUCAUAAGCUCAGAGUUCUUACUGGAUGUGUUUUGUCGAAGAACAGCAAUAACAGUGAUCCGCAUUGUUCCUUGGAAGACAUGAAAUCCUUAUCGGUUCUCCAACAUCUCUGUUUGCACAACUUAGAGACGGUGACAAGCAAAGACGAAGCCAUCUCCGCUUCAAUGAGAGCAAAAGAGAAACUCCGAAACUUGGAAUUAUACUGCACAAUGAAUCAAGAUUGCCAAGAAGAAGAUAUCAAUAGAAUUCAAGAAGUCUUUGAGGAGCUAUGCCCAUCAAAAUCUCUUGCAGUUCUAAUCAUAGAUGGUUACUUUGGACGAGAAUAUCCAAAUUGGAUAACAAAGCUGUCAACUUUCAUUCCAUACUUAAAACGGCUCGAGCUGGUAAACUGUAAGCAGUGCAAGAAACUCCCUUCUCUCGGUUCCCUAUACUUUCUAGAUUAUCUUGACAUCACUGGGGCAUCUUCUGUUACUGAAAUCGGACCUGAAUUCUUCGCUAUUGAAAAUAACACUACUUGUUGCUUUCCAAAACUCACACAUCUCUAUUUCUGUGGCAUGACUAACUGGGAAGAAUGGUCAUGGAUAAAUGAAGACGAGGCCAGAACAUUGCGAUUGACACCACUGAAGAAGCUUCAAAAGUUGGUUCUCAAUGGUUGUCCAAAGUUGAGAUCACUCCCUGAAGGUCUCCUAAGUCACUGCACAGCAUUGACAGAUUUAGCUCUUGUCAGCGCAAACAAUGUCAAAGAAAUGAAGAAUCUGUAUUCAGUUAAACACAUUUUGGUCAUGGAUUGCGAGAGCUUAAUUGAAGUCUCGAACCUUACACAUUUGUAUAGAUUGAUGAUAACUAAAUGCCGGAAACUUGUGGUUGUGGAGAGGCUUGAUGAAUUACAGGACUUGGUGCUGGAUGAUCAAGAAAUGGAGACAUUGCCGGAAUGGUUGCUAACUGCAGCAGGAGAGGGGAAGUUCAGUAGAAUUCAGAAAAUGGAUUUUGAGAGCAACGCCCAGUUACUUUCAAGGUGUUUAAUGAAUGGACCUGAAUGGAUGAAGUUUAGUUAUAUGCCACUAGUGAGAGGAUACACACCAGGGGUAACUAGUUAUAUUGUGUACACCAAAGAUCCAUUGAGCUUUGUUAGCAAACUACCGGAUGUCACUGUCGGCAAUGAUGGUGGUGGCAGUGGCGGUGAUGUUGGUGCAGGAAGCAGUGAAGAUGCUGGUAUAUCAACUUAA